AUGCCUGCUGAGAGGCGAUCUCUACGGUCAAACAACAAGUCUGACAGCUCUUCAUCUGCUAACGGUGACAAGGCGCAGUCCAACUCCCAGAGCUCAAGCACUAAGGAAAAGACUACUCCGGCGACUCGCGCCGCCGCCAGCAAGGCAAAGUCGGCCCCGACAAAGAAAGGCGCCGCCAAGGGCGCAUCAGAGAACGGGAUGGGAGAUGAUGAUGAGUCUCACGUCAAUGGCUCAAACGCCGCGGAGAACAGCUUGAAUGGUUCUGAGGACGUUGAGAUGGGCGAGGAUACGGCAGGUGCGCCUACAUCCUCCUUCAAGUCGAGUAAGAACCGGCAUGGUGACGAGAAGAUGACUGUUGUAGUGCCCCCGAUCAAGGGUUCGAAACCAUCCGGCAAAGCUGGCGAUGACAAGGAGGAGGAUGUCACAAUGGAGGGUGCUGAAGAAGACAAUGCGGAGAAGGCCGAGCCCAAGGUUGACCCUACAACCAAGGCCAUCCAGGACAUCAAGACCAACUUCACCCUACUUGAGCGCGCUGUAGCCCAUUUCGAUCCUCGGUUCACUCUCCGUGUCCUGCGAUCCAUCUCGUCGAUGCGAAAACACAUUACCCCCGAAGUGCUUUCUCAGGUGAUUGUGCAAACCUACCAGCCAUCAAGCUCGGUGGCUUCGUUCCUCCUCGACGCCAUUGACCAGACCGGAGCCUUUGAGAAUGUCUCCGCAAGCUCGAAAAUGGAUCUGGACUCCGAGAAGGCCAAGCCAGGUUCGAAGGAGGUCCUUCCCGAGGUGGACAUCUACCUGUCAAUCUUGGUGCAAAUCUACCUCUUUGAUCAGCGGCAAAUUCAGAGGGGCGCCAAGCUCUCAACUGAGCUAAUUGAACGCCUGCGUGCUCUCAACCGAAGAACGUUGGAUUCGCUCGCGGCUCGUGUGUACUUCUACUAUUCCCUCUUUUUCGAGCAGAUAACACCGCUUCCUCCCUCACCCGCUGCCACGGUGACGACUAUUCGUCAGCCCCUGUUAGCGGCGUUGCGGACCGCCGUCCUUCGAAAGGACGUCGAUACGCAAGCCACAGUCAUGACCCUGCUUCUUCGCAACUACCUGUCAACCUCGCAUAUCACCCAAGCCGAUCUGCUCAUCUCGCACAAUCGCUUCCCGCCCGCGGCAUCCAACAACCAGAUUGCGCGAUAUCUGUAUUAUCUGGGACGAAUUCGUGCCAUUCAGCUUCAGUACACAGAAGCUCACGGCCAUUUGAUCGGUGCCACGCGGAAGUCUCCAACCAGCAAUGUCGCGCGGGGAUUCUACCAGGCUUCGCACAAACUCCUUGUGGUUGUCGAGCUUCUCAUGGGUGAUAUUCCUGAUCGGGCAAUCUUCCGUCAGCCUGCACUGGAGAAGGCCAUGCAUCCUUAUUUCCUGCUGACCCAGGCUGUCAGCGUGGGAGAUUUGGAUGGCUUCUUAAAUACGGUCAACACGCAUAGCUCCACCUUCCGCAAGGAUGGUACAUACACACUGAUUCUGCGUCUUCGUCAGAAUGUCAUCAAGACUGGCAUUCGCAUGAUGUCGUUGUCAUACUCUCGUAUCUCUCUGCGAGAUAUCUGCCUUCGCCUGGGCUUGGACAGCGAAGAGUCGGCGGAGUACAUUGUUGCAAAGGCCAUCCGCGACGGUGUCAUUGAGGCCACGCUCGACCAUGAACACGGUUUCAUGAAGAGCAAGGAGGUUGGAGACAUCUAUGCCACUCGGGAGCCAGGCGAGGCUUUCCACGAGCGUAUCCGCGCUUGUUUGGCUCUGCAUGACGAGAGUGUUAAGGCCAUGCGAUUUCCCAUGAACCAGCAUCGAUUGGAGCUCAAGAGUGCGCAGGAAGCCCGUGAGCGAGAGCGCGAGCUUGCCAAGGAGAUUCAAGAAGGAGACAUGGAUGAUGAGGAUGCUGGCGGCGAUUUUGAUGCUAUCUGA